AUGACGAAUUCGCCCGAGGCGCAGGUUCCCCAUCCCAUGGCCAGGGAUGAACAGGGUCAGCUAAAGCCAGAAGACGAUAGUAUUUUGGAGGGUGCUGUAUGGAGUGAGAUUGAAUAUCUUACCAUGGAUCCAAAGCAUCAGCAUGAAAAACCUUACGAGCUCAGGUUCCAGGCUGGGGGUGCGAUUCCAGAGACAAACAUGGUGGACGAACCCAAAAAGGUGUUGAUUCGCAACUUCCGACCGCUCGAGAAUGCUCAGAAUUUGGAAGAGUACGGCUUUUCAGCUUCAAAAAUUGAAUGCAGCUUGCCAUCGGCUGAAUUUGAUGACAAGAAAAAAGUGGGCAAAAUCUACUAUCCUGCCAUCAAACGAAUGCUGUGGCACAAGUUUCCCGAGGCAACACAGAUCCGAAUCCUGGAGCAUAGUCUCCGCAAGAGAGACCCAGAAUUCCCUGCCACCAACAAGCCGUUCUUCAAAAACGUUCAGCCUUCCACCAUUGCGCACAUGGACUAUUCGAUAUAUUCGGCUGCGCGAACUGCACAAGGAGCGUUCAAUAUGGCUCCAGGCCAAUACCAGCGUUUGAUCACCGUCAACGUUUGGAAAUCACUCCAAGGGCCGGGCAAUGACUGGCCACUGGCCCUUUGUGACUGGCGUACCUUGGACCGACCGUCGGAAAGCGUGGUGGUCGAUGUCGUGUAUAGCCAGGAUUUCACCGAGAAUGAAAGCGUUUACUACAGUCCGAGACACAAGUGGUAUUACUUUAAGGACUUGCGAGAAGACGAGGUCAUUGUAUUUCAACAGACCGAUUCUUCUUUGCCGAGCGGCGGAGGUGUGGCACACGCAAGCUUUCACAACCCAGACACCGACGAAAACGCAGCACCAAGAAGCAGUAUCGAGCUAAGGGCCUUCAUAUUCUACGUGUGA